AUGUCGACCAAAUAUGUGAAAUGUUCACUCUCUUGCGAUCAUUCAUGCUCUCUUUGCCUCAGAUCUUGCUUCAAAAAGCGAGCAAGACUGAGAGAGAGGCCCACCUUGUUGGUAGCUACGAAUGGAGCCCGCUUCGUUUAUUCUCAAGUUGACGCCAGUCUGCAUUGGCAGCUCGGUCGAAUGAGCCUGUGCUGCAAUUCUCGAGUGCAGCGACGCCGAUGGCGAUAUGCCCUGACAUGUUGUCGAGGCCGGACGGUAACCGUUGGUGGCGUCGGCGUCUACGAAGUGGUCUGUCAGCCCCGGGUACUCCUGGAUCCUGCGUGGAAGAAGAGAAAACAGGAAAGUGGACGAAGUUCAGAAAAUCAAGACCCUACACCGACCUAUCCGGUCGAAAUCCACCAGAAAAGGGAGGACUCUGAAGGUUCAACCUUCCUUCUCCAACAUUCCUCAAUCUCGUCUCAGCCUCCUUUGGGAGCAGCUGCUUCUGUACAUUCUGCCUAUGCUCUCCUUCAUUAUUUGGCUCAUCCGGUUUCCACCAUCCCCAUCCUCCUAAUCCUCCUUAACAGCCGGUUUCUCGUUACCACGAGAGAGCAUACUUCUGCCAAGCUCAACGUUGAAGCCGCUGAGACAGCGUUCACAGUCUAA